AUGGUGAUUUUUACAACGGUUUUUUUCUAAAGAGUUUUUAUUAUAAAAUCCUUGCUUAGCAUUUUUUGAAAACCGAAUUGUUAUGGAAAGUAACGGUGAAAUUCAUAAAAAAGCGUCCAGAGACCCUACUCCUGAUACGCUAUCAAAUGGAUUAGCAUUAGAGGGCGAAGAUUCUAGCAGUUCAUCAGAGGACAAAUUUAUUUGUGGCAUUUGCAAUGGGAAGUUUAAAGUUCCAAAAGUUCUUCAUUGUUUGCAUGCUUUCUGUGAAGCUUGUCUAGAAAAAUCUCUGGAAGAAAGUGGUCGUACCCAAUUGGUGUGCCAUACUUGUAAGCAGAUCACAAGAUUGACAAUGGCAGGUGGUGUUGGUGAAUUGCCAAUUGAUGCAGUAAUUGUGAACAUGAUGGAGAUGGAAGCAAUUUGUUCCAUGCAAGUUAUUUGCACAAGCUGCAAAGCCCAAGAAAAUGCUGUAGCUCGGUGCAGCGACUGUUCAAAUUUUCUUUGCUCCAAUUGUGUUACAGCUCAUAAUUAUAUGCGUGUUUUCGAUAGCCAUAAGGUAGAGACAUUUGAUGAAUUGAAAAAUGGCAAGGGCAUCCACAAGCCUAUGUAUUGCAUUGUGCAUCCCACUGAACACUUCAAGUUCUAUUGCAGAACUUGUCAGGUCCUGACCUGUGCAGAAUGCAUGCUGUAUCUUCACAAGCAGCCAGACCAUCAUUGUGAAAGAAUUGUUGACAUUGAUCGGGACCAAAGAGCAGAGUUGAAGGCCAUUGUGACUGAAACAAAAUCAAAGAUGUCAGCUUUUGAAGACACUUCUGGAAAGUUAGAAUCCCUCUUGUCUGAUUUGCAACAGCAGAGGGACAAUGCCCAUGAUUUGAUUAAGGAAACUUUUCAGAGUUUCAAAGCAACACUUGAAAAGAGAAAGGAUGACCUGAUAAAGGAGCUAGAGGACAUCCACUCUGAAAAGGAACUGACCGUCAUGGAGAUGUUCCACAAUCUGGGAAAAACUGUUGACAAGAUGGAGGAUGCUUGCAAGUUCAUGGAAAGAUUAGUGGAGCACGCAGAUGCAGUCGAGAUGAUGGCCGUCAGUAAAAUAGUUCGUGCGCAGAUGGCAUUACUAAAUGAUGAGGUACCCCGUAGUGAUAUGAGUGUGAAGAUUGAAGUGGAGUCUGAUCCUAAUAAGUUUGCAGAGGCCACGAGGCAAUUUUUUUGUGCCUUCAAGAGGCCAGACAGUGGUAAUAAUGCAUACCAGACUGCUGUUAAUGCCUGUGGUAUGCUCGACCCCUCUUCAAAUCCUCUCAACUUGCCCUCUGAACUUCUCAGCAGUCUGGCAGCCAACCUGACUCCGCCUCUCCUCAAUGAUUUAGCAUCUAGCAUAGCGACCUCCUUGCCACCUAACUCUAACCUCUCAAGUUUGAGUCAGACAUUGAGUUUUGCAGACAGGAGUCUUUUUUAUUGCUUCACAUUCUCCAACCAUUUAUCUCCAGAUCUUCCUUUGAAUGGGGUCUUUCAAGUGCCGCCAUCCUCAUAUCCGGCUCAGGGACCGAGCAGUAUCAGAGCAAGGUCAUCUGGAAAGACCAACUCUAUGGAGAUCAGAACAAAGUUUGGUCAGCUGGGACCAGGAAAAGGUCAGUUUAAUGCCCCCCAUGGUUUCUGCCUUGGCAUGGAUGAGGACAUUGUUGUGGCCGACACGAACAAUCAUCGCAUUCAAGUUUUUGAUAAGUCAGGAGAAUUUAAAUACCAGUUUGGCAUUCCUGGUCUGGAAGAAGGCCAGCUGUGGUAUCCAAGGAAGGUGGCUGUCAUUCGAACGAGCGGUCGUUAUGUGGUGUGUGAUAGGGGCAGCGAGAGAUCACGUAUGCAGCUCUUUACUAGGACUGGCCAGUUUAUUAAGAAAAUUGCUAUUCGAUACAUAGAUAUUGUUGCUGGAUUGGCCAUUACUAGCCAAGGGCACAUAGUGGCGGUUGAUAGCGUCUCCCCGACUGUUUUCUGCAUCUCAGAGUCAGGUGAACUGAUCAAGUGGUUUGACUGCAGCGAUUACAUGCGUGAACCAUCUGAUAUAGCUGUCAGUGGAAAGGAUUAUUAUGUCUGUGACUUCAAGGGACACUGUGUCGUGGUUUUCAACGAGGACGGACAGUUCCUACAUAGGAUUGGCUGUGAGACAAUAACCAACUACCCGAACGGCAUCGACAUAAGCGACGCCGGAGACGUACUCAUCGGCGACAGCCAUGGAAAUCGCUUCCAUGUGGCCGUCUUUCAGAGAGACGGAUCGCUGAUCGGAGAGUUCGAGUGUCCGUACGUAAAAGUCAGUCGAUGCUGUGGUCUUAAGAUAACUUCUGAAGGUUACAUUGUUACUCUUGCUAAAAACAACCAGCAUGUGCUGGUGCUGAAUACUCUGUACAUUGCCUAA